GACAAACGUAGUCGAAUCGUAUGUAUCACACUUACUACUUAGGUAAUUUAUUUUAAUUUGUUUGCUAGCAGUAUAAACACAAACAUCAAAAAGAAACUAAAUUCAUUCCAUCGAAUUAUUGCACAACAAAAAGUUUCAAUGCAACGCUCUUCAGAAGCAUAACAUAAAAAAAACGACAAGGCCCGAGGACAGAUCAAAUAUAGGCACGUCGCCGCUGAUCCAGGCAACGUCCGCGAGUGCUGCAGGGCGCGCAAUAUGGAAACCGCGGACAGCAUCAGCGACCGAUGCAACUACACGAGACCGAUGCCGAACAACACGUGGGAAAACGACGUGGUGGACGCGCACUACUCGCACUUUCUGUACAUCACGUUCACGCCGGUGCUGAUAUCGCUGUGCGUGUUCUCGAUAAUAUUCAACGUGAUCCUGCUGCUGUCGGUGCUGUGGAUCCGGCGGCCGCUAUCGCCGACCCUGUACAUCAGCCUCAGCCUGGCCGGCACCGAUCUGUACACGUCGUUCCUGCUGGGCCUCAGCUUCACCGUCAACAGCCUGCUGCCCGAGGGCUUCCAGGUGUACCUGAUGGACACGUGCACCAGCCUGGGCCUAGAGGCGCUCCGGCUCGGGGCCAUAGUCACCACCGCGGGCCAUCUCAUCGUGUUGGCGUUCAACCACUACAUCGGCAUCCUGCGGCCGCUCCACUACCCGGCCACCGUAACGCACGGCACCGUCACCGUGUUCGUGUUCUUCCUGUGGACGCUACCGCCGUCGUUCCUGUUCGCCUACUUCAACAUGAUACCCUGCCAGGCGUUCCAAUCGCCGCAGUGUCAGCUAUACGAUUUUUUAAAAGAAUCAAAAUUCAGAAGUACAUUUUCGGCUGUACUAUUUGCUGCUCUCGCCACUAUGGGAAUAGUAUACUAUCAUAUAUUUAUAUUGGUGAAAAAACAUCAAGCUUCUCGCCUCCUGUACAAACAGAGCGGCAGUGUGCAUUUUAAUAAACCAAAUCAAGUACAUAGACAAACAGAAUCGCAACAGAGUAAAAACGAAAAGGCGCUUUACACAACGUUACUAAUUGUUGGAAGUGUUGUAGUUGGAUGGAUGCCAGCAUGUUUACAAUACUACCUGAUAUGUACUGAUUGUAUAAUUCAACCAAAUUGGGCCAGUUUCACUGUGAGGUUUUAUACAUACUUUGCAACUAAUUGUCUUGUAAUUCUUAAAUCAGCAGUAAACUCAUAUAUUUACGCAGCAAGAAUGCAAGAAAUUCAGGUAGCAAUACGUAAAAUGUACUGUACUUUAAAACAAAAACUAUGCGGUGGCAACGAUGAAAUGGAUGUUGCUGGAUUUGACCAAUACAAAUAUAGUAGAUCAUCAGCAAAAAGCAGAAGAACAGUCAUAUGCAGAAUAUCAGUUCAUCAAAAUAAAGAUGAAAACUUAACAGAAAUCAACCAGGAUAAUAUAAAUAAUGAUCAUGAGUUAACAAGCUUUAGUAAUUGUUCUAAAAAAAAUGAAACCCCUAACACAGUGACAUACCUUUAAAAUUAUUAUUAUUAUUUUCUAUGUACAUUUUUGUGUUUAUAACUUAUAUAAAUGACCAUUAUUACAUAUUUAUUAAUAAACUGUUUAUUCUAUAAGUUUUACCUUUUAAAAUAAUUAUAUUAACAAUGCAUAUUAUUUAAAAUAUUCUGAAAAUAA